GUCGACAGCGUGGAUCACGGCUAUGGCGCCCAGGUCGACAUCAUGGAGCACGGCUAUGGCGCCCAGGUGGUUGUGGUUCUGGUUGUUGUUGUGGUUGUUCCUGUUGUUAUUGUUGUGCAGGUCGAGAGCUUGGAUCACAGCUAUGGUGCCCAGGUCGACAGCGUGGAGCACGACUAUGGCGCCCAGGUGGUUGUGGUUCUCGUUGUUGUUGUGGUUGUUGCUGUUGUCGUUGUUGUUGUGCAGGUCGACAGCGUGGAUCAUUGCUAUGGCGCCCAGGUCGACAGCGUGGUGCACGGUUAUGGCGCCAUGGUCGUUGUGGUUGUGGUUGUUGUUGAGGUUGUUGUUGUUGUUGUGCAAGUCGAUAGCGUGGAUCACGACUAUGGCACCCAGGUCGACAGCGUGGAUCACGGCUAUGGUGCCCAGGUCGACAGCGUGGAGCACUGCUAUGGCGCCCAGGUGGUUGUGGUUCUGGUUGUUGUUGUGGUUGUUGUGGUUGUUGCUGUUGUUGUUGUUGUUGUGCAGGUCGACAACGUGGAUCACGGCUAUGGCGCCCAAGUAAGUAACGCAGUCGACAGCGUGGAGCACGGCUAUGGCGCCCAGGUGGUUGUGGUUCUGGUUGUUGUUGUGGUUGUUGCUGUUGUCAUUGUUGUUGUGCAGGUCGACAGCGUGGAUCAAGGCUAUGGCGCCCAGGUCGACAGCGUAGAGCACGGCUAUGGCGCCCAGGUGGUUGUGGUUCUGGUUGUUGUUGUGGUUGUUGCUGUUGUUGUUGUUGUUGUGCAGGUCGAGCGCGUGGAUCACGGCUAAGGCGCCCAGGUCGACAGCGUGGAGCACGGCYAUGGCGCCUAGGUGGUUGUGGUUCUGGUUGUUGUUGUGGUUGUUGCUGUUGUUGUUGUUGUU